AUGUGUUGGCGAUUGCCGUCUGCUCCUGACGUCCCGUUUUCAUCGACACAUAUCCUUAACAUGCCUCGUGAUUUGAUAACCCUACAACUUGGACAAUGCGGCAAUCAAAUCGGCAUGGAGUUCUGGAAACAGCUUUGCACUGAACAUGGUAUCAAUCCAGAGGGCACGCUGGAAGAAUUUGCCACCAAUGGCACAGAUCGCAAAGACGUCUUCUUCUACCAAGCUGAUGACGCUCACUACAUCCCACGAGCAGUUCUAGUUGACCUUGAGCCACGAGUAAUCAAUACCAUUCUCAGUUCACCCUAUGCUCGUCUCUACAACCCAGAAAAUGUUUAUAUGUCGAAAAACGGUGGUGGUGCAGGUAAUAACUGGGCCGCCGGCUAUACACAAGCCGAAAAACUGCAAGAGGAAAUCUUCGACAUCAUCGAUCGCGAGGCCGAAGGCAGUGAUAGUCUUGAGGGCUUCAUAAUGACUCACUCAAUCGCCGGGGGUACAGGAUCUGGCAUGGGCUCGUUUAUGCUGGAACACCUUAACUCUCAUUUCCCUAAAAAACUCAUCCAGACGUACUCGGUGUUCCCCAAUCUUGAGGACACUAGUGAUGUAGUAGUACAGCCCUACAACUCUUUACUUACGUUGAAGAGGCUUACGUUGAAUGCAGAUUGUGUGGUGGUUCUGGAUAACACGGCCCUGCAUCGGAUAGCUACAGAUAGACUUCGUUUGGAGAACCCAACUUUUGCGCAAAUCAAUCAACUGGUCUCCAAGGUGAUGUCGGUGAGCACAGCAACUCUGCGUUACCCCAGCUAUAUGAACAAUGAUUUGAUUGGCUUAAUUUCGCCUUUAACACCGACUCCACGUCUACAUUUCCUUAUGACGGGCUAUACACCGCUGACGACGGAGAAGGAGGUGGCUGAGGUGCGUCGCACUACCGUCUGUGAUGUGAUGCGGCGGCUAUUGCAGCCGAAGAACAUGAUGGUGUCGACCUCUGUACAACGCAAUGUGGAUCACUGCUAUAUUGCCAUUCUCAAUAUCAUUCAGGGCGAAGUGGAUCCAGCCGAGGUUCAUAAGUCUCUUCAACGCAUUCGCGAACGUCAUCUGGUCAAAUUUAUCCCCUGGAGUCCCUGUAGCAUACAAGUAGCUCUCUCCCGCCGGUCACCUUACGUCCAAACCGCACAUCGUGUUAGCGGUUUAAUGCUCGCCAAUCACACUAGUAUCUCCUCUCUAUUCCUUCGCUCUCUGAACCAGUACGACAGGCUACGGACGCGUGGAGCUUUUUUGGAACAAUUCCGUAAGGAGGAGGUGUUCCGGGGUGAUCCGGAGUUGCGCCAAUUCUCUGAAAGUCGUCAGGUUGUCCAACACCUCAUUGAAGAGCACUUAGCGGCGACCAAGUCUGACUAUGUCCAAUGGGGAGCGCAGAAAGCAGCAGCAGCAGCGGCUGCUGCCUCGGCGGCUCUGACAUCUACAGCAUGA